UUAAAUGUAUACGUAAAUCCGUUUGCGAAGAAAAAUAAAACAGUCAGGUACACUUUCAACGAAGUGUAUUCACUUUGUAUAGUCUAUAGUCAGCUCUAACGUAUGUUGGUGGCCUCGGUAAAAGCAUUAUGGACCAGCCCAUCAUUGGUAAAUACCUCAAUAGUCGGUGUUCCGUGACUCGCACAUGAUGUGACGUUUACCGGCUUCUGUUACCUAAAAGCACAAAGACAAAAGGAAGUUUAUCCUGUCAUACCGCGGGUAAGGGGAACAUUCUCACGCUUUUUGUUGGACAAAUGGCUCGGUUUCCUUUAGGUGAAAAGACAGCGACACACUCCCGGUAACUUGCGGUUCUUUCUCCGUUAGACUCCCUAACGUUACAGUAAAAAAAUGAAUCCGGCUCGUCGCUGUUCGGCUUUAUUGAGUCAGCUGUGUGUAACCUCGCGGGGUGGGUCCACAGCCAGGAGACCGUUGUCCCCGGGACCAGUCUCAGCCCUGGGGGGAACACGGUGCUGUCGCUCCGGUGUCGGAGGAGGAGGACGAGGAGCGGGAGUCAAAGAGACCUGUCCCCAGCCGAGGCAGAGUGGAGCACCCACAACUGGGACAGCACCAGCUUGUCCAAUGGGUGGCAGCAGCAGCAGGUUGUUUGGUACGUUUGCCCAGUCACUGAACCGCGCCCCGUUGGCCCAACCAGCCCCGUACCCAGAGGAGAACCCAGACCAGGACCUGGCCCAGACCGACCCGGACCAGCUGCUCCGAGAGUGUGAGGAGGCCCUGCAGAGGCGUCCGGCCCGGCCACAUCGCCAUCUGGUCUAUCCCAGCGGCACGGCGUCCCGCCGCCACAAGCACAACCCAGCCAUACGGAUCAUGCAGUGGAAUAUACUCGCACAAGCUCUCGGCGAGGGGAAGGACGGGUUUAUCCGCUGUCCAAUGGACGCUCUCAACUGGCAGGAAAGGAAGUACCUGAUCAUGGAGGAGAUCCUCACCUACCGCCCCGACAUCCUGUGCCUCCAGGAAGUGGACCACUACUACGACACGUUCCAGCCCAUCCUGGCCAGCCUCGGUUACCACGGCAGCUUCCUGGCCAAGCCCUGGUCGCCCUGUCUGGAUGUGGAGCAGAACAACGGCCCCGAUGGCUGCGCUCUGUUUUACCGCCGCUCGCGCUUCUCCCUCCAGGCCACCGCUCACCUGCGGCUGUCGGCCAUGAUGCUGCCCACCAACCAGGUCGCCAUCGUCCAGACGCUGAUCUGCCAGGUGACGGGCCAGCGGCUGUGCGUGGCCGUCACCCACCUGAAAGCUCGCAGCGGCUGGGAGAGGAUGCGGAGUGCGCAGGGUGCCGACUUGCUGCAGAGUUUGCGCAGCAUAACGUCCCAGAGUAGCAGCGGCCAGACAGAGGCGGCGCCAGGCACCGUCCCUCUGGUGGUGUGCGGGGACUUCAACGCGGAGCCCUCCGAGGACGUUUACCGGCGCUUCAGCUCCUCCGCCCUCGGCCUGAACUCGGCGUACAAGCUGUUGAGCGCUGACGGACAGACGGAGCCGGCCUAUACCACGUGGAAGAUCCGCCCCUCUGGAGAGAGCUGCAGCACUCUGGACUAUAUCUGGUACACCCACGGCGCUCUGAGUGUGGACUGCCUUUUGGACAUUCCCACAGAGGAGCAGAUCGGCCCCGACCGCCUGCCCUCCUACCACUACCCCUCUGACCAUUUAUCACUGCUCUGUGACAUCAGCUUCAGGGAGGAGCCCCAUAGGUUGAUGUAGGCUGCCAAUCACAGCACCACGGGACCAAUAGGAGGACUGAGAGUGGACUGCUUGAAACGAUACUCAACCUUUUUACUGUAAAUCGGGAGUGAGGAAAGUGAAUGUGAUACCAUCUGCCAGAUUGAGUCAUGGAAGUGAAAUCUGAUUAUUGUGAAUAAUUCGCAUUGAGACACAAACCACGUUCUGUAAUGUUGCUAUUAUUUAAAACAUAGUCAUAAUGGGGAACAUUAGAAGAAGUGAAAUGAGACAUCGUAACCUCACUUCUGAUGGAAAAGCUACUUCUAGCUUUACCAAUAAUUUGGGAUUUGCUCCGUUGACUUGUGUAGAGGUGGGUGAGCCUGUCAGCCCCAUGUUUCUUUGAGCUUUUUAAAGUGCUCAUAUUAUGCUUUUUGGCUUUCUUUUCCCUUUUUUAUAGUGUUAUAUAUCUUUUUUUUGUGCACGUUAUAGGUUUACAAAAUGAAAAAGCCCAAAGACUACCCC